AUUACAAUUUACAAGCUUUGGCUUUUGCUUCAAGUCUGCCGUGAGCGAGGGGAAGUGUGAAUCGAAGCCAUGGCUUUCGCUGCUGCUUCUGCUUCUAUUACUCCUUAUUCUUCUCAAUUGCUUCCCCGCCCUAAAUUUUCCACAUUGGUCUUCCCUUCUUCUUCUUCUUCUUCUUACUCUUUUUCUGCUCCUUCUGGUAUAACAAUCCCUUAUUUGCCCACAAAACACAGAAGCUUCUCCUCAAUUCGCAUGGCGGCGGCGAAGAGGAAAGAUUCGAAUGGAAUACCUGCGGUGCAAGGGAAAGCGGAGGAGCAGAAAGAAGAACAAGUGGUGGAGGAGGAAGAGGACUUGCCUUGGAUUCAGGAGAAGGCAUUGGACCUGGUCGAGUUCACAGGCUCCGUCACUCAGGCCAUUCCUGGCCCUCGAGUCGGCUCCAGCUCCUUGCCCUGGAUUCUCGCUCUUCCUCUGGCCUAUGCCGGCCUCACUUUUGUUGUCGCCUUCGUCAAGACCGUCAAAAAGUUUACUUCCCCUAGAGCAAAACGCAGGAAACUGGUCAAUAAAAAUGCUAUGCUUUGCAAAUCAAUUGAUGAGUUCUUUCACAAGGGAAGAGAUAACUUCAAACUCGAUGAUGCUCUCAAGGAGCUUGAGAAAAAGACUGAUUUUGGGAUGGAAGAAAUUCUGCGCAAGUACAUUCGGUAUGCUUUGAAUGAGAAGCCCUUCAACCCCGUCUUGGUUGCCAAUUUAAUUGAGCUUAGGAAAGCUUCUGUGUUGGCUGACUCCCAGGUUGCAGAGAUUUUAAAUGAAAUUUCCAGACGGAUUGUGCGAGAUAAAGGACCAGUUGUCAUGGAUGUGUCAGGUUAUUCGGAAAAGGGUUUCAAGAGAAAACUAGCUGUUCAGGCCCUAUUUGGAAAGGUUUUCUAUCUGUCUGAGCUGCCGGAGUUCUGUUCAAGAGACAGCUCCUUGGUUGUCAAGGAAAUUUUUGGGGUUACAGAUGAAGACGCAGACAAACUUAGGAUACACACACUCUCUGAAGCUGGUGAUAUGGAUUCACUUGAAAAGAUGGUUGAAGGUUUAGAUUCAGAAGAUUCCAAUGAGGGAUGAUCUUAUGCUUCUUAACUCACAUGCGAAAUAUUCAGAGACUUUGUAGUGGCAAAAGCUGUUAAGAAAGGAUUUUGAGGGGUUUUCGAUGACUGGGAUGGCCUUAAUAUUUUCAUUUCGCUGGUUUUGUAAACUUAAAAAAGGUUUUGGUUGAGCGCAUCAGUUGAGCUUCUGUCGUAGGUCGUUUUUUAUUAGCUAAGUGUGAAUUUAUUUGUUUAGGAUUUAGGAAUGUUCAAUAAUACCUGGAAAUCAUUGAGGA